AUGUUCGGUAGUCUCGUGCAGAAGCUGCAAUCGCUGAGCCCUCUGGCCAGCCCCACCACCUCCCCCUCCACCAGCCCCAAGCUCCGCAGAAAACUGGGCUUCGGGAAGUCUCGGAAGAGGAAGGACUCCGGGUUCUCGCGGGAGGACCUGCGGGAGGUGCAGAGUGAGCCGGAGCUCGAGUAUGACGCCCCCAGCAGGGGUCGUCGCAAGACUAGCGCCCCGCCUCACACCGCCGCUGCCAGGAAGGGCAUCGGACGGGGUAGGGCGCCCGUGGACGAGCCCUACCCCGCCCACCAGGACCUGGAAAACAUUUACGACGUGCCCGCCAGGCUGAGGAGGAAGGUGGACACGCCCACGCCCGCAGCCCGCCGCCUGGAGGGCUCCCGCACCGUAGGCAGGAUGGAGGGACUCAAGCAGGUGAGUCACGUGACUCCUCUCUUCUUGUGGACCGCUGUAGCCAGAAAUAAUUUAGACCACUGCAGCGAGAGCUUCAUAUUCGUCGACCGUUACAGUGAGAGCUUCAUAUUCGUCGACCGUUACAGUGAGAGCUUCAUAUUCGUCGACCGCUACAGUGAGAGCUUCAUAUUCGUCGACCGCUACAGUGAGAGCUUCAUAUUCGUCGACCGCUACAGUGAGAGCUUCAUAUUCGUCGACCGUUACAGUGAGAGCUUCAUAUUCGUCGACCGCUACAGUGAGAGCUUCAUAUUCGUCGACCGCUACAGUGAGAGCUUCAUAUUCGUCGACCGCUACAGUGAGAGCUUCAUAUUCGUCGACCGCUACAGUGAGAGCUUCAUAUUCGUCGACCGCUACAGUGAGAGCUUCAUAUUCGUCGACCGUUACAGUGAGAGCUUCAUAUUCGUCGACCGUUACAGUGAGAGCUUCAUAUUCGUCGACCGUUACAGUGAGAGCUUCAUAUUCGUCGACCGUUACAGUGAGAGCUUCAUAUUCGUCGACCGUUACAGUGAGAGCUUCAUAUUCGUCGACCGUUACAGUGAGAGCUUCAUAUUCGUCGACCGUUACAGUGAGAGCUGCGCGUACAUUGACCGUUGUGGUCGGAGCUUCUUAAGCACCGUGACCAUUGACCACAACGCCCAGAGCACCGUGACCAUUGACCACAACGCCCAGAGCACCGUGACCAUUGACCACAACGCCCAGUGCUCCGUGACCAUUGACCACAACGCCCAGAGCACCGUGACCAUUGACCACAACGCCCAGAGCACCGUGACCAUUGACCACAACGCCCAGAGCACCAGCACCGUGACCAUUGACCACAACGCCCAGAGCACCGUGACCAUUGACCACAACGCCCAGAGCACCGUGACCAUUGACCACAACGCCCAGAGCACCGUGACCAUUGACCACAACGCCCAGAGCACCGUGACCAUUGACCACAACGCCCAGAGCACCGUGACCAUUGACCACAACGCCCAGAGCACCGUGACCAUUGACCACAACGCCCAGAGCACCGUGACCAUUGACCACAACGCCCAGAGCACCGUGACCAUUGACCACAACGCCCAGAGCACCGUGACCAUUGACCACAACGCCCAGAGCACCGUGACCAUUGACCACAACGCCCAGAGCACCGUGACCAUUGACCACAACGCCCAGAGCACCGUGACCAUUGACCACAACGCCCAGAGCACCGUGACCAUUGACCACAACGCCCAGAGCACCGUGACCAUUGACCACAACGCCCAGAGCACCGUGACCAUUGACCACAACGCCCAGAGCACCGUGACCAUUGACCACAACGCCCAGAGCACCGUGACCAUUGACCACAACGCCCAGAGCACCGUGACCAUUGACCACAACGCCCAGAGCACCGUGACCAUUGACCACAACGCCCAGAGCACCGUGACCAUUGACCACAACGCCCAGAGCACCGUGACCAUUGACCACAACGCCCAGAGCACCGUGACCAUUGACCACAACGCCCAGAGCACCGUGACCAUUGACCACAACGCCCAGAGCACCGUGACCAUUGACCACAACGCCCAGAGCACCGUGACCAUUGACCACAACGCCCAGAGCACCGUGACCAUUGACCACAACGCCCAGAGCACCGUGACCAUUGACCACAACGCCCAGAGCACCGUGACCAUUGACCACAACGCCCAGAGCACCGUGACCAUUGACCACAACGCCCAGAGCACCGUGACCAUUGACCACAACGCCCAGAGCACCGUGACCAUUGACCACAACGCCCAGAGCACCGUGACCAUUGACCACAACGCCCCAGAGCACCGUGACCAUUGA